AAGAGGAAGCCGGUGCUCACGCUCUCCAAGGAGGUGUUUGAGCAGCCUCUUCCUGCUGCCGCGUAAGACUUUUAGUCUUAUUUAUCUUCUUUAUAUCACAACUCUUUGUAUUCCAACAACACUGCAUUCUUCUUCUUGUGUAAUUACAAAAAACGUUCACUAUGCAGUUACAAUGAGGUUACUAAAGUAGCCUAAUACUUAGCAAAAUUGUAUUAUUGUAUUACCAUGUCGUUACUAGUUUAAUUACAAUGUUACUUGAGUACAAAGGUACAAGAGCAACUUAAUAUAUUAAUAUAAAGUGUUACCCUGUUUUUUAUGAGACAUGAUAAUAUGAAUGUCUUCUUUUGCACACUUUGUACAAAAUAAUCAAAUGCAGGAUGACAGGCUGUUUAUAAACGUAGCUCUACUUUAUUAGCUGAACUGUUGUGUAACAUAUGUGAUCCUACUCUCUUUUGUGUUGUGUAAUAAAGAAAAGAAGGUCAGCUAUUGGUCCCAGUUGAUCUGUGGUUUAUUCUGACAUAGAAUGAGCACAUAAGAUGUGCGACAUGCACCCAGAUGACUGAUGUAGCAUGGAUCGCCUGCACAGAAUUAUCAGACUGGGGAAUAAUCGAUAAUAUAACUACAAAAAUAUUACAAAACACAAUAUGUACAGUGCCUUUGGAAAGUAUUCAGACCCCUUGACUUUUUCCACAUUUUGUUACGUUACAGCCUUAUUCUAAAAUUGAUUAAUUUUUUUUUUUCUCAGCAAUCUACACACAAUACCCCAUAAUAACAAAGUGAAAACAGGUUUUUAGACAUUUUUGCAAAUUUAUUAAAAAUAAAAAACAUACCUUAUUUACAUAAGUAUUCAGACCCUUUGCUAUCAGACUCAAAAUUGAGCUCAGGUGCAUCCUGUUUCCAUUGAUCAUCCUUCAGAUGUUUCUACAACUUGAUUGGAGUCCACCUGUGGUAAAUUCAAUUGGUUGGACAUUAUUUGGAAAGGCACACAUCUGUCUAUAUAAGGUCCCACAGUUGACAGUACAUGUCAGAGCAAAAACCAAGCCAUGAGGUCGAAGGAAUUGUCUGUAGAGCUCCGAGACAGGAUUGUGUCUGUGGAGAUGGGAGAACCUUCCAGAAGGACAACCAUCUCUGCAGCACUCCACCAAUCAGGCCUUUAUGGUAGAGUGGCCAGACGGAAGCCACUCCUCAGUAAAAGGCACAUGACAGCCCGCUUGGAGUUUGCCAAAAGGCACCUAAAGGACUCUCAGACCAUGAGAAACAAGAUUCUCUGGUCUGAUGAAACCAAGAUUGAACUCUUUGGCCUGAAUGCCAAGCGUCACGUCUGGAGGAAACCUGGCACCAUCCCUACAUUGAAGCAUGGUGGUGGCAGCAUCAUGCUGUGGGGAUGUUUUUCAGCGGCAGGGAGACUAGUCAGGAUCGAGGCAAAGAUGAACGGAGCAAAGUACAGAGAGAUCCUUGAUGAAAACCUGCUCCAAAGCGCUCAGGACCUCAGACUGAGGCGAAGGUUCACCUUCCAACAGGACAACGACCCAAAGCACACAGCCAAGACAACGCAGGAGUGGCUUCGGGACACGUCUCUGAAUGACCUUGAGUGGUCCAGCCAGAGCCCGGACUUGAACCCGAUCGAACAUCUCUGGAGAGACCUGAAAAUAGCUGUGCAGCAACACUCCCCAUCCAACCUGACAGAGCUUGAGAGGAUCUGCAGAGAAGAAUGCGUGAAACUCCCCAAAUACAGGUGUGCCAAGCUUGUAGCUUCAUACCCAAGAAGACUCGAUGCCGUAAUCACUACCAAAGGUGCUUCAACAAAGUACUGAGUAAAGUGUCUGAAUACUUAUGUAAAUGUGAUAUUUCCGUUUUUUAUUUUUAAUAAAUGCUUUGUCAUUAUUGGGUAUUGUGUGUAGAUUGAUGAGGGAAAAAAAUAAUUACAUUUUAGAAUAAGGCUGUAACGUAAGAACAUGUGGAAAAAGUCAAGGGGUCUGAAUACUUUCCGAAGGUGACAUGCACCAAUAUGGCUGCUGUAGCAGGGAUCUGACAUACACCAAGAUGGCUGCUGUAGCAUGGAUCUGACAUGCACCAAGAUGACUGCUGUAACAUUGAUCUGACAUGCACCAAGAUGGCUGCUGUAGCAUGGAUCUGACAUGCACCAAGAUGGCUGCUGUAACAUGGAUCUGACAUGCACCAAGAUGGCUGCUGUAACAUGGAUCUGGCAUGCACCAAGAUGUCUGCUGUAACAUGGAUCUGACAUGCACCAAGAUGACUGCUGUUAAAUGGAUCUGACAUGCAUCAAGAUGGCUGCUGUAACAUGGAUCUGACAUGCACCAAGAUGACUGCUGUAGCAUGGAUCUGCAGCAAGGAGAACCCACUAUGUAUGAGUCACGAGCUAAAUGCGACCACAAUUACUUCAAUAGAGCAUGCUAAUUAAUCGCUCGUACAGCAAUAAUGUCAAUGCAUGGCUAGAAUUAAUCAAACUCGCUCAUAGUGUCUAACAGGAUACUGUACAUACAGUAUAUUAUACACCAGUUAAUGUAUAUGGUGAAAUUGGAAAUAUGAAAAUAGAACACAGCACUUCAGAACGUGACAUUACAUUUACAUUUUAGUCCAGAGCGACUUACAUUUAGUGAGUGCAUACAUAUUUUUUUUUUCAUACUGGUCCCCCAUGGGAAACGAACCCACAACCCUGGCAUUGCAAACGCCAUGCUCUACCAACUGAGCUACACGGGACUACUGCCUGCACAGAAUUAUCGGACUGGGAAGAAUUUAUGUUCGCGAUUUCCCCCUAUCUGCAAGCGCAGCCAAUGACAUUACACCUUAUUGACAUCUGACUUGAACCAACCAAUUAGAAUACAUAAACAUUAAAUACACAUUUUUGCAGUAGCAUGUGGAACCAUAACAAACCACGUUACACUGGCAUGUUCAUGUUCGUGUCUCCGGCCAUGAUGAACUGCAAUAACCUCACGACCUGGUUGGUCUUAACCAAUCAUAGCACAGUAUAUGACAGCAGAAUGCAACCAAUUACAAUUCAGUAUGUUGAACAUGAAUAUUACAGGAUACAAUGCUGCUAAAUCAAUUUAAUGAUUCUAAAGAUGUCACUGACGACUCUGUUUCCUCCCAUGACUAAUGAGGAUAGAGAAGGCUAGUUAGAGAUGACCUUUUGGAUGCGUUCACCCAGUGGUUCACAUACUGUUUAUCUUUGGAGCAAUGUGCCAGCGAAUAUUGUUGAUAUAGUACAUUUUCACUGUCAAAAAGAAGAUAACUCUAGACUAAUGAUCAGUUUCUUACAUUAUCGUUUAGGCUACAUGCAGUUCUUCACAUGAAAUGUGUAAAGCAUAAUGAAUUAAUGCAUACCAGGGUUCUGAAUUGAGUUUCAAAUUGCUCUUUAAUUCCAAUUCAAUUAUUGAAGUAGAAUUGAAUCAAUGAAAUUCAAUGAAAUCCAAAUGGCUUAUUUAUUCUACACAUCACCAUAUACAUUUUUAUUUUGACAUUAUGUAUGGUUAGCAAUACCAUGCAGCAUAAGGUUGAAACAUUUAAUUUUUAAAACUCAUUCUUCUAAAACAAUUUUUUAUAAUUACAGUGGUCUGGAAAUAUUCUAAGAUCAUGUUGUGGGUUGUCUAUAAUAAUUAAGAAUUCCCUUAAUGUUUUUAAAUAUCAGAAAAAAAUAAUUUCCCAGAAUGCAUUAGCCCGAACACUGCAGUAUGCAAGGGAACAAUCUAACAUAUCAUGACAAAGAAGAAAAAUACUGUUUGACAUCUUUUAGUUAUAAUCAAAUUAAUAUUUGAAAUGGUAUGUGUAUUUUUUGCAUUAAUAAGUGGCAUAUCCUUUUGAUCAAAUAUUUGUCAAAUGAAUGAGACUUUCAUGGUUCACAUCUCAGUUGAAUUUAAUUAAUUUCAAUUCAAUUAAUUAAUUAAAUUCUACUUCCAAUUCAAUUUUAAUUCAGAUUCUGCAUCCUGUGGGAUGUGGCCAAUUCAAAUUAAUUUCAAAUUCAUUGUCUGAAUUUAAUUAAAUUCAGAAAUUCCAAGUUGAUCCCAACCCUGAUCCAUACAGAUAAUGUUGUACAUAAACAGUUUUUUAUCCUAACAACUGUCUACCUUACAGACCCCCAAGAGAUUUGGAUUCGAAAGCUUGUGUGACCAUCGGAGAGAAGGUACCUCAUCUAGUUAAUGUUCAGUACGCUAUCUCUAACUGUCUCACAUUCUUACCUUUCAUCUACCACUAUGUUCUUUCCCACACAUAUUCCUUUGACUAAACCUUUAUUUAAAACUGAAGUACUUACGUAAACAUACGUUUUUACAUCUGUAUAUAGUUGUUCUAACCUCUGUAUACUUUAGGUUGAGUUAGGUCCUCUGUCUGUGGUCUGGAUGCAGAAAGCUGAAAGCUGAAAGCUUGGCUCAAUUAAGGGUCUGUGAGCCGUAAGGAACGGUCUAGCGAACAUUACGACCCAGAUUGAACACUUCUGAUUGUAGGCAGACUGGAAUGUGCUUUACUGCCUGACGGGCAGUAAAAAUAUUUAUUUUAAACUCAUCAAAUAAGUUGAAUUUUCCGUUGGCAAAGAUGCCCGUUUUUUUUGUGCUACAAUAUAGCCUGAAGUCAAAGUCAGGGCAGCAAUUUAUUUUUUUGUUCUUGUAUAAAGUGUAAGAAAACUAAAAUGGUCCCAUGAUUUACGUAAACUAUUCUUUCAGAUGAAAAGGGACAUUUGUGGCGUCUUUGGACACAACCCAUCAACCCCUUAGAAUAGACUAUAUACAGUAUUUAGUGUUUCAAUGUCCAAAGCUUUCCAUGUUGAUAAAAAACUUUUGUUGGAGUAGUUGUUUAAACAAAGACAUAGCUCCGAGCCAAAGCAGCACUCUCAAACAAAGAGGAGAAGAGAGAUACUCCCACCUAGAAUGACCCCGUAUGUUGGUAGAUUAGGAUUUAGUGUUUCUUGUAGUGUUUUUCGCUCUCUGUUUCUGUUUGUUUGCACAAGAUGAGGAUUGGGUACCAAAAACCCCAAGGACCUCUCUUUAUCCCUCUCUUUUUGUGUUCAGUGAUUACUUCAAGUAUGGGAGAAGUAAGGGAGAAUUUGACCCAGUCUUACUCUCUCUCUCUCACGUCACUGUGUCACCCAUUUAAUGUUUGAAUCAAGCCUGACAUUGCUCUCUCCCCUGUCUGGCCUGAGCAGAACUUUGUGAUGAAAGCCGAUGACCUGGAGCAGAUUGACGAGCUGGGAAGAGGGGCGUACGGUGUGGUGGACAAGAUGAGGCACAUGCCCAGUGGCUUGAUCAUGGCAGUGAAGGUAUGUGAGAUUUGAUGAUGUUAUGGAUGUUCUCUUUAAGGAGAUCUAGUUCAGGAUACUAUAGCAAAAGCACUUUGGCUGCGUUUAUAGAGGCAGCCUAAUUCUGAUCUUUUUCCCCACUAAUUGGUCUUCUGACCAAUCAGAUCAGCUCUUUUGUCAAUAAUUGGGCAAAAAAUCAGAAUUGGGCAGCCAUAGUGACAGCUGUUGAUGUAAUAAGUUAGUUGGAUGGAUAGACUUGAUUUUUUGAUUGAUAUACGCUACAUCGGCAGGAUAGAAUGUCUGACUCCGGUGGCGGUCUGUGUAUAUUUGUAAACAACAGCAGAAUAUCUCAUGAUAAACUGUAGACCACACUAUUUACCAAGAGAGUUUUCAUCAAUAUUUUUCGUAGCUGUCUAUUUACCACCACAAACCGAUGCUGGCACUAAGACUGCACUCAAUGAGCUGUAUAAGGCCAUAAGCAAACAGGAAAAUGCUCCUAGUGCAGGGAAACUUAAAUCCGUUCUACCUCAUUUCUACCAGCAUGUUAAAUGUGCAACCAGAGGAAAAAAAACUAAACCACCUUUACUCCACACACAGAGACACGUACAAAGCUCUCCCUCGCCGUCCAUUUGGAAAAUCUGACCAUAAUUCUAUCCUCCUGAUUCCUGCUUAUAAGGAAAAACUAAAGCAGGAAGCACGAGUGACUCGGUUAAUAAGGAAGUGGUCAGAUGACGCAGAUGCUAAGCUACAGGACUGUUUUGCUAGCACAGACUGGAAUAUGUUCCGGGAUUCUUCCGAUGUCAUUGAGGAGUACACCACAUCAGUCACUGGCUUCAUCAAUAAGUGCAUCGAUGACGUCAUCCCCACAGUGACCGUACGUACAUACCCCAACCAGAAUCCAUGGAUUACAGGCAACAUCUGCACUGAGCUAAAGGGUAGAGCAGCCGCUUUCAAGGAGCGGGACUCUAACCCGAACACUUAUAAGAAAUUGCUAUGCCCUCCGACGAACCAUCAAACAGGCAAAGAGUCAAUACAGGACUAAGAUUGAAUCGUACUACACUGGCUCGGACGCUCGUCGGAUGUGGCAGGGCUUGCAAACUAUUACAGACUACAAAGGGAAGCACAGUCGUGAGCUGCACAGUGACACGAGCCUACCAGACAAGCUAAAUAACUUCUAUGCUCGCUUUGAGGCAAGCAACACUGAAGCAUGCAUGAGAUCAUCAGCUGUUCCGGAUGACUAUGUGAUCACGCUCUCCGUAGCCGAUGUGAGUAAGACUUUUAGCAGGUCAACAUUCACAAGGCUGCAGGGCCAGAUGGAUAACCAGGAUGUGUACUCCGAGCCUGCGCUGACCAACUGACAAGAGUCUUCACUGACAUUUUCAACAUGUCCCUGACUGAGUCUAUAAUACCAACAUGUUUCAAGCAGACCACCAUAGUCCCUGUGCUCAAGAACACUAAGAUAACCUGCCUAAAUGACUACCGACCAGUAGCACUCACAUCUGUAGCCAUGAAGUGCUUUGGAAAGGCUGGUCAUGGCUCACAUCAACACCAUUAUCCCAGAAACCCUAGACCCACUCCAAUUUGCAUACCGCCCCCACAGAUGAUGCAAUCUCUAUUGCACUCCACACUGCCCUUUCCCACCUAGACAAGAUGAACACCUAUGUGAGAAUGCUGUUCAUUGACUACAGCUCAGUUUUCAACACCAUAGUGCCCUCAAAGCUCAUCACUAAGCUAAGGACCCUGGGACUAAACACCUCCCUCUGUAACUGGAUCCUGGACUUCCUGACGGGCCGCCCCCAGGUGGUAAGGGUACGUAACAACACAUCUGCAACGCUGAUCCUCAACACGGGGGCCCCUCAGGGGUGCAUGCUCAGUCAUCUACUGUACUCCCUGUUCACUCAUGACUGCAUGGCCAGGCACGACUCCAACACCAUCAUUACGUUUGCUGACGACACAACAGUGGUAGGCCUGAUCACCGACAACGAUGAGACAGCCUAUAGGGAGGAGGUCAGAGACCUGGCCGUGUGGUGCCAGGAUAGCAACCUCUCCCUCAACGUGAUCAAGACAAAGGAGAUGAUUGUGUACUACAGGAAAAAGAAGAGGACUGAGCACGCCCCCAUUCUCAUCGACGGGGCUGUAGUGGAACAGGUUGAGAGCUUCAAGUUCCUUGGUGUCCACAUCACCAACAAACUAUCAUGGUCCAAAAACACCAAGACAGUCGUGAAGAGGGCGCGACAAAGCCUAUUCCCCCUUAGGAGACUGACAGCUGCACCAUCGAGAGCAUCCUGACUGGUUGCAUCACCACCUGGUUUGGCAACUGCUCGGCCUCCAACCGCAAGGCACUACAGAGGGUAGUGCGUAUGGCCCAGUACAUCACUGGGGCCAAAGCUUCCUGCCAUCCAGGACCUCUCUACCAGGCGGUGUCAGAAGAAGGCCCUAAAAAUUGUCAAAGACUCCAGCCACCCUAGUCAUAGACUGUUCUCUCUGCUACCGCACGGCAAGCGGUACCGGAGCGCCAAGUCUAGGUCCAAAAGGCUUCUUAUCAGCUUCUACCCCCAAGCCAUAAGACUCCUGAACAGCUAAUCAUGGCUACCCAGACUUUUUGCAUUGUCGCCCCACCCCACCCCCUCUUUUACGCUGCUGCUACUCUCUGUUUAUUAUCUAUGCAUAGUCAUUUUAACUACCCACAUGUAUAUACAGUGGGGGAAAAAAGUAUUUAGUCAGCCACCAAUUGUGCAAGUUCUCCCACUUAAAAAAUGAGAGAGGCCUGUAAUAUUCAUCAUAGGUACACGUCAACUAUGACAGACAAAUUGAGGAAAAAAAUCCAGAAAAUCACAUUGUAGGUGGAAAAUAAGUAUUUGGUCACCUACAAACAAGCAAGAUUUCUGGCUCUCACAGACCUGUAACUUCUUCUUUAAGAGGCUCCUCUGUAUUAAUGGCACCUGUUUGAACUUGUUAUCAGUAUAAAAGACACCUGUCCACAACCUCAAACAGUCACACUCCAAACUCCACUAUGGCCAAGACCAAAGAGCUGUCAAAGGACACCAGAAACAAAAUUGUAGACCUGCACCAGGCUGGGAAGACUGAAUCUGCAAUAGGUAAGCAGCUUGGUUUGAAGAAAUCAACUGUGGGAGCAAUUAUUAGGAAAUGGAAGACAUACAAGACCACUGAUAAUCUCCCUCGAUCUGGGGCUCCACGCAAGAUCUCACCCCGUGGGGUCAAAAUGAUCACAAGAACGGUGAGCAAAAAUCCCAGAACCACAUGGGGGGACCUAGUGAAUGACCUGCAGAGAGCUGGGACCAAAGUAACAAAGCCUACCAUCAGUAACACACUACGCCGCCAGGGACUCAAAUCCUGCAGUGCCAGACGUGUCCCCCUGCUUAAGCCAGUACAUGUCCAGGCCCGUCUGAAGUUUGCUAGAGUGCAUUUGGAUGAUCCAGAAGAGGAUUGGGAGAAUGUCAUAUGGUCAGAUGAAACCAAAAUAGAACUUUUUGGUAAAAACUCAACUCGUCGUGUUUGGAGGACAUAGAAUGCUGAGUUGCAUCCAAAGAACACCAUACCUACUGUGAAGCAUGGGGGUGGAAACAUCAUGCUUUGGGGCUGUUUUUCGAAGCCACUCCUUCGUUGCCCGGGCGGUGUGUUUGGGACCAGGACGACUGAUCCGUGUAAAGGAAAGAAUUAAUGGGGCCAUGUAUUGUGAGAUUUUGAGUGAAAACCUCCUUCCAUCAGCAAGGGCAUUGAAGAUGAAACGUGGCUGGGUCUUUCAGCAUGACAAUGAUCCCAAACACACCGCCCGGGCAACGAAGGAGUGGCUUCGUAAGAAGCAUUUCAAGGUCCUGGAGUGGCCUAGCCAGUCUCCAGAUCUCAACCCCAUAGAAAAUCUUUGGAGGGAGUUGAAAGUCCAUGUUGCCCAGCGACAGCCCCAAAACAUCACUGCUCUAGAGGAGAUCUGCAUGGAGGAAUGGGCCAAAAUACCAGCAACAGUGUGUGAAAACCUUGUGAAGACUUACAGAAAACGUUUGACCUGUGUCAUUGCCAACAAAGGGUAUAUAACAAAGUAUUGAGAAACUUUUGUUAUUGACCAAAUACUUAUUUUCCACCAUAAUUUGCAAAUAAAUUCAUUAAAAAUCCUACAAUGUGAUUUUCUGGAUUUUUUUCCCUCAUUUUGUCUGUCAUAGUUGACGUGUACCUAUGAUGAAAAUUACAGGCCUCUCUCAUCUUUUUAAGUGGGAGAACUUGCACAAUUGGUGGCUGACUAAAUACUUUUUUCCCCCACUGUAUUACCUCAAUUACCUCGACUAACUUGUGCCCCCGCACAUUGACUCUGUACCUGUACCCCCUAUAUAUAGCCUCCAUACUGUUAUUUCAUUUUACUGCUGCUCUUUAAUUAUUAUUAUUAUUUAUUUUUUACUCAUCUAUUUUUUACUUAACACUUAUUUUUCUUAAAACUGCAUUGUUGGUUAAGGGCUUGUAAGUAAGCAUUUCACUGUAAGGUCUGCUACACCUGUUGUAUUCGGCACAUGUGGCAAAUAAAUGUUGAUUUGAUUUCCAUUCCCUCCCACCCUAGAGGAUCCGUGCCACAGUGAACACCCAGGAACAGAAGAGACUGCUGAUGGACCUGGACAUCUCUAUGAGGACAGUAGACUGCUUCUACACAGUCACCUUCUACGGCGCACUCUUCAGAGAGGUAACUAGCUACUUUAUAAUAAUAAUACUUACAUAUUAUAGAGUUUUUCUAAAACCCAAAGACGCUUUACAAUAAACAACCUAUUAUUUGUUUAUUUGGUCCCCAUAUGUUGUUGCAGUUGCAACAGCUACUCUUUCUGGGGUUCUCCUACUGACUUAGUUGAUUCCUAUAAGGAACAUAGGCUUCCAACAAUGUCAUUACAAAGAUGUCAGAGGACAGAGCCUUGUAGAUAUGCUGUUAAGUAUAUUGGCACCCUUGCAAUUUCAAACGGAGUGCAAUGGAUCAGAAUGUUCUAUUUUCUAUUUUUAAAACAGGCUAUUUUUUACCCUGUCCAAAAAAAAAGAGAAGAAGAUUCCUCAAGGGUUCUAUGGUAAGGGUGAUUGUUCUAUGUUGAGCCAUAAUGACUCAAAUAACCCUUUGAGCCCUUUAAUGGUUAUUUGCAGUUCAGAAAAGGGUUAUUUCAUCAUUGAGUUAUAAUUCAAAUGUAGGGGCAGUGGCUCAUUUAGAAUAUCUUGAGGCGUGGUUUGCUCAGUUAUUUUUGUCCAACCAUGAGUGAGAGUGUCAUUCCAGUUUCUCUUGUGUUAUGUCAUUACAUGUUAAAUGAUGGCCAGUAACAGUGUCUUGUGAAUGUUUACUAAGUCAGUGGUUCUCAAUUCUCUCCUCAGGGACCCCCAGCCGUUCCAGAGCUAGUACACCUGAUUCAACUUGUCAAUUAACACAAUAAUAACGCCUAAUGGAAUUUUAACAAUUAAUGCUUCUCCAAAUAACCAAAAGGUUAUUUGUAGAUUAUUUGAGAUUGAGAAUGGUUCUAUAAAGAACCUUUCUCCAUAAAGCUUCUACAAAGAACCAGUAAAAAGGGUUCUAUAGGUCGUUAUCAAUAAAACGUCACAGUAUGGUGCAGAGCGUUCGAUAUGGCUGCUGGGGGGCAAGGAGACUAGCCCUGCUAAAACCAUUGGUAACUAGGUGCCGUUUUCAAGGGAUUGUUAAAUAAAUGUUAUAACUAUUUGGUUUUAAUAUCAUCACCUCUUGAAGAGCAUAGUCAGAACUACACAUUUCAGAUUAUUCCACAUUUAGCUCUAUCAUCAGAGUUAUACAGCAAGUAACUGCAUGCUUUUCAUGAUCAGUAAACAUCAAUUGAGCAUGUAUUUUCAGAUACGUGAGGGUAUCCUAUCCAUUUAGAAUGUAGCUAGCUAGCUAAGCAAACAACAUGCCAUUUAGCUUGCUUCAUCAGAGAUUUGGAUUUUGGAAAGAGCUUGACAUCGGCAAGUCCUCAUCCUGGUAAAGUUGUCAGUCGGACUACUAUCAUCACCACUAUAGAUGCAAGCAAGUCAAACAAUAUUUGGAUAUAGCCGUCUAGUUUAUCCCCUGAAAGGUAGCUUGUUAACUAGCCAUAUUGACUUUAUCUGUUAUUAUCUAGCUAGCCAAUUUGACGUGGUCAAUCAAUCAAUGUAGCCUAUCAUGUCUGUCAGCAGCAGCAAUCGUGAUUAAACACUCUCAAAAACAAUGUUGAAAAUGUUAGCUAACUUCACUAGGAAGGCCUACGUUGGUUGGAGGAAAAAUAACAUUAGAUCUACUUAUCACUAUGUUUAGCCAACUGUACAAAGUUUCUACUAGUAGCUUGCAAAGUAAACAUUAUCAGCUAACAGUACAUCGGCAAAUGCACCCUUCUGCUGCUUGACAGGCAGAGCCCACAAAGGAUGGGAAAUUAACCUAAAUCACUCAUACUUGUAUAGUUCACUUCUUUUCUAUCACUCAAAUAUCCAAUUAAUGGUGGCCAAUAUUGAAAGAUAUUGUGAGGCUACCCUCACGUAUCUGAAAUUAGAUGAUCAAUUGAUGUUUACUGAUCAUGAAAAGCAUGCAGUUACUUGCUGUAUGCUAUAACGCUGAUGAUAGAGCUGAAUGUGUGCAAUUGUUUUGCAUGGAAGCAUCUGAAAUUUAUAUUUCUGACUAUGCUCUACAAGAGGUGAUGAUAUUACAACCAAAUAGUUAACAUUCAUUUAACAAUCCCUUAAAAACGGCACACAGUUGUCAAUGGUUUUAACGUAGCUGGGGGUCUCCUUGCACCCCAGCAGCCAAAUCAAACUCUCUGCACCGUAAUGUGAUGUUUUAUUGAUAACGACCUACAGUGGGGAAAAAAAGUAUUUAGUCAGCCACCAAUUGUGCAAGUUCUCCCACUUAAAAAGAUGAGAGAGGCCUGUAAUUUUCAUCAUAGGUACACGUCUACUAUGACAGACAAAUUGAGGAAAAAAAAUCCAGAAAAUCACAUUGUAGGAUUUUUAAUGAAUUUAUUUGCAAAUUAUGGUGGAAAAUAAGUAUUUGGUCACCUACAAACAAGCAAGAUUUCUGGCUCUCACAGACCUGUAACUUCUUCUUUAAGAGGCUCCUCUGUCCUCCACUCGUUACCUGUAUUAAUGGCACCUGUUUGAACUUGUUAUCAGUAUAAAAGACACCUGUCCACAACCUCAAACAGUCACACUCCAAACUCCACUAUGGCCAAGACCAAAGAGCUGUCAAAGGACACCAGAAACAAAAUUGUAGACCUGCACCAGGCUGGGAAGACUGAAUCUGCAAUAGGUAAGCAGCUUGGUUUGAAGAAAUCAACUGUGGGAGCAAUUAUUAGGAAAUGGAAGACAUACAAGACCACUGAUAAUCUCCCUUGAUCUGGGGCUCCAUGCAAGAUCUCACCCCGUGGGGUCAAAAUGAUCACAAGAACGGUGAGCAAAAAUCCCAGAACCACACGGGGGGACCUAGUGAAUGACCUGCAGAGAGCUGGGACCAAAGUAACAAAGCCUACCAUCAGUAACACAUUACGCCGCCAGGGACUCAAAUCCUGCAGUGCCAGACGUGUCCCCCUGCUUAAGCCAGUACAUGUCCAGGCCCGUCUGAAGUUUGCUAGAGUGCAUUUGGAUGAUCCAGAAGAGGAUUGGGAGAAUGUGAAAUGGUCAGAUGAAACCAAAAUAGAACUUUUUGGUAAAAACUCAACUCGUCGUGUUUGGAGGACAAAGAAUGCUGAGUCCAAAGAACACCAUACCUACUGUGAAGCAUGGGGGUGGAAACAUCAUGCUUUGGGGCUGUUUUUCUGCAAAGGGACCAGGACGACUGAUCCGUGUAAAGGAAAGAAUGAAUGGGGCCAUGUAUCGUGAGAUUUUGAGUGAAAACCUCCUUCCAUCAGCAAGGGCAUUGAAGAUGAAACGUGGCUGGGUCUUUUCAGCAUGACAAUGAUCCCAAACACACCGCCCGGGCAACGAAGGAAUGGCUUCGUAAGAAGCAUUUCAAGGUCCUGGAGUGGCCUAGAAAAUCUUUGGAGGGAGUUGAAGUCUGUGUUGCCCAGCAACAGCCCCAAAACAUCACUGCUCUAGAGGAGAUCUGCAUGGAAGAAUGGGCCAAAAUACCAGCAACAGUGUGUGAAAACCUUGUGAAGACUUACAGAAAACGUUUGACAUGUGUAAUUGCCAACAAAGGGUAUAUAACAAAGUAUUGAGAAACUUUUGUUAUUGACCAAAUACUUAUUUUCCACCAUAAUUUGCAAAUAAAUUCAUUAAAAAUUCUACAAUGUGAUUUUCUGUUUUUUUUUCUUCUCAUUUUGUCUGUCAUAGUUGACGUGUACCUAUGAUGAAAAUUACAGGCCUCUCUCAUCUUUUUAAGUGGGAGAACUUGCACAAUUGGUGGCUGACUAAAUACUUUUUUCCCCCACUGUAUAUUUGACCGCAUCUGUAUGUUCAUAGAGGCAGGUACUUAGCAACUAACUUAGGCCUCUUCCUAACUAUAUGGAACAUAAGGCUUCCUACACUGCCAUUACAGCCUAGAUUUAUACAAUGACAUUGUACUCUAUGAUGGGCUGCCAUUCAGACCGGUAGCGUAGAGAUGUGGGAGGGCAGAGCCUUUUUAUGUUGUAGUCAAGAUAAACAAAUAAAGAAUUCCUGAUAUUUCCGGAUAUAGUUACCUUCCUCCUGAAGAGAAAAGAGCGUUCCACAGGAUAUCCCUCUGCAGCAGAGCACAUUGGAAAAAGCUCUUUCCUGUUAGUCGAACCGUGUGUCAGGAAUGUGGUCUGGCUCUGUUGUGUUUUUCCAAUCCCUCUCUCAACCCCUCUCUCCAUCUUUCUGUCUUGCCUUUUUUCCAUUGCUUAUAACCCUCUUUCCAUCUCUAUUUCUCUCAAUUUCCAAUCUCUCUACCCCUCUCUCCAUCUCUCCAUCUCCCCCUUUCCACCCUCUCUCCAUCUCUCCCUCUUACUGUAUCCUCCCCUAGACUCUUAUCUGAAUGAUGCCCCUUGUUGUGUCAUCAGGGUGACGUGUGGAUCUGUAUGGAGCUGAUGGACACUUCUCUGGAUAAAUUCUACAAGCAGGUGAUAGAUAAAGGCAUGACCAUCCCCGAGGACAUACUGGGAAAAAUGGCAGUCUCGGUGAGUAGGACUAGGGCCCAAUCCAAAUCGUCCCCUAAGCUCUGCGCCCUAUGUAUUUGCGGAGAUCUGAGCGAAAUUGACCGGUGUAAUCAUAUUGGUAAUAGCUCCACCUUGCCCUCUGAUAGGCUAUCUGGAAGUUUCAGCAUAUUGCUUAUAACAAUCAAAUCCUCUCAGAUCUCCACAAGUGCAUAGGGUUUAGGGGAUGAUUUGGGAUUGGCCCUACUUCCUUAAUUCAUGUGAGUAGGACUACAGUCAUCAGUCAGCCUAGAGACCAAGAUGAAUAAUACAUGGGUUGGUUAUGUGUAGGAAUAUACAGUAUAUUAUGAACGUGUUGUUGUCAGAUCAGUCAGUCUGUAGACCAAGAGGAAUAGCCUAGUACUGUACAUGGGUAUACAGUACAUGUAGUUGACUAAAUGUGUUCAUUCAUGCUAGAUGCUAAAUAUACUAAGAAUGAAUAAAUAAUAGAUGCAACCAUAUGGAUUCCCCAAUCUCCUUCUUCUCUUACUGCUAAUGUGUCGGUGUUCUGUUCUAAUGUUCUUAUGUUCUAAUCUCCCUGGUUACAGGUAGUGAAGGCUCUGGAACAUCUGCACAGUAACCUGUCAGUGAUCCACCGAGGUAAGAACAUCACAGAUUUAAAUGGAACAUUUUAUAUUAAAAUAUGCAACUGCCAAAAUAAAGGAAACACUUGAGUAAAUGAUGAAUACAAUGUAGGUUGUGGUUCCUGAGUUAAUUAUGCAAUUAACAUCCCAUCAUGCUUAGGGUCACAUUUAAAGGGUGUGUGUGUCUCAGUCACCAGAUCUCUACCCAAUUGAACACAUAUGGGAGAUUCUGGAGUGGCGCUUGAGACAGCGUUUUCCACCACCAUCAACUAAACACUAAAUUAUGGAAUUUCUUGUGGAAAAAUGGUGUCGCAUCCCUCCAAUAGAGUUUCAGACACUUGUAGAAUCUAUGCCAAGACGCACUGAAGCUGUUCUGGCGGCUUGUGGUGGCCCAACGCCCUAAUAAGACACUUAUGUUGUUGUUUCCUUUAUUUUGGCAGUUACCUGUAUCAUGCAUCUCUAUAGGGUACACCUUAAAACAGUUGGACUAGUGUCCAUCCUUUAAAACCAUGCCUCACCAAAGGUCAAAGUGUUGAUUUCUUGUGUCUAAAACCUCAGUGUUCCAACCGUGAACCGACAUGCGGCUGUUUCUGUAUUAACAUCGCAUGUAGUAAUUUAAGAUGAUUGCAGGUUACUAAAAUAAAGUGACACAACUACGCCUAGCCAGCGACCACAUUCCUGCUGCGGAAGUGUUUUGAGGGCUGUGUGUUUGAGACCGUUAACUGCUUCCCAGUUCUGUCGCUGUGGGUAACUGACACGGCAGAUUAAAUCAGUGAUGACCCUGUUUCUCUUUCACUUCCCUCACACUCCUCUCUCUCUUCCAUAUCUUUCUUUCUUCCAUCUCUCUCUCUCUUGCUCUCUCCUCUCUCUAUAUCCUUCCAUCUCCUUCUCCUCCUCUCUUUCUCCCCUCCAUCUCUCUCUCUCUCUCUCCCCCUCUCUCUCCCUCAGAUGUGAAGCCAUCGAACGUAUUGAUCAACACACAGGGCCAGGUGAAGAUGUGUGACUUUGGGAUCAGCGGUUACCUGGUGGACUCCGUGGCCAAGACCAUGGAUGCCGGCUGCAAGCCCUACAUGGCGGUGAGCGGUUGUGUGUGUGGGUGUGUGGUAGGAGAGGUCUAUGGGUUUUAAAAGAGAUACAAAAUAGAUGUCUACUCAGUCAAAACAAACUAGAAAGGAUUUAGGCUUAAAGAUGCUCAUGACCUAAAGCGGGUGCCCUAAACUGUUGCACAGUUGUGUACAACGUCAUCCAUUUCCUAUGAUAUGUUACGUCCUGCAAAAAAGUUAUACAAAUAAAUACAUUUCCUGCAAUUCAUAUGACAUGUUACGAAUUCCAAUUUGUACAAUAUGUUACGAAUUUGUAAGUGCUUAAGAUCCUGUUCAAUCUCUUUAUGCUGGCUCAGUGAAUAACUGUUUACAGAACAGAGAUAUGAUACAUGAUGUUCAUGUUAAUUUACUAUUGUACAAGUUUGAACUGCAUUGGCUGCUUGCUACCUAUAUGUUUAAGUGCUACAGGUCUCUAUGUUAUGUCAUUAGCCAUGCCCUUUAAUAACCCCAGUUAGCUUUUAACUGCUGUGUGCCCAAACAGUGUGUCCACAGAGCCUUUGAUUGGCUGAGCGGUUUUUAGGGCCUGGUAGCACUCAAAGAACAGAAUGGGCUGUGUGUGUUGGAGGUACAGAUGACGGGGGGAGUUUGGGUCGUCUAGGACGACUAAUGUCAGUUUGCUAUGCUAAAGUGAUAUUAUCCGGGUCUCGUGCUUGUGUGUGUGUGUGUGUGUGUGUGUGUGUGUGUGUGUGUGUGUGUGUGUGUGUGUGUGUGUGUGUGUGUGUGUGUGUGUGUGUGUGUGUGCGCGCGUCGUUCUGCCCCCCAGCCGGAGAGGAUCAAUCCAGAGACGAAUCAGAAAGGCUACAAUGUCAAGUCUGACAUCUGGAGUUUAGGAAUCACUAUGGUGAGUCUCUAUUAACAUUUUUACUUAUGCAGAUUAUUCAUUUAUUAUUACAAACAUAUUAUAUGAUUAUUACACUAGUAGGCCUAUAUUAUAUGAUUUAUGAAUUUCACUAGCAACCUCUGAUACAGUAAGGUCUGAUACAGUAACCACAGAUAAAACGUUAUAUUUUACUUUUUCUGAAUGACAUUUUCUAUAUUGCUAGUAAUAGUCCUAAAUGGACAAAUAAAGUUAUAUUGAAUUGAAAUGAAUUCUUGUGCAAAAAGCACAUGUUUUACAUGUUCAAGAAAAGCCCUGCCUUCUUUCAGUGAGACAUGAUGACCCUCUACUGCUCUGCUCUAGACUAACUGGUGUCUCGACAUUUUAUCAGGAGCGCUAUUAAAUAUUCCUAUCUCUCUCAUUUACACGUCCUAAAUUCUGUCCCACCCAAAAACAGGUUGGUCUCAAAAGAACAUGUGACGAUCCUCCAACUGGCUAUGGUAGUUUUCAGAAAUGUAACACUGUCUAGGGCAGGGGUAUUAAACUCUUACCCUACUGUUUUUCUCUUUACAUGAUCAUUAAUUGCACACACCUGGUGUCACAGGUCUAAAUCAAUAAUGAUUAGAGGGGAACAAUUAAAAAACGCAGUGGAACUGGCUUCAAGGUCCAGAUUGAGUUUGAGGGGUCUAGGGUCACAAAUCACCCAAUUUCUGGCAUCUAAUGACAGAAUCUUUAGCUUAGUGCAUUUUAUGUACAAUAAUACAAUGCUGCAUUCAUAUUCAUAGGUUGCAUCUCCGUCACUAGGUCACGUCAUGCCAUUGUUUUGAACGUUCUCAAGCCGUCCUCUACCGGCGGCGCAAUAGUGGUGCCCUAAAGUCGUGAUAAGCCCAGUCAUUCUGGACGGAGGCUAACGACUGUUUAGUGUAAAUUACACUAUAGUGCCUUGAAAUACGAUGACGUUGCUAAAGUAGUCAAAUGUUUUGUAGGAAACAACUUUGCCAGCAUUAUGUUGUCAAAUUUACUUUAGACAGAUGGCAAUGGUGUCAUUAGCUAGCAAAGUUCGUCAAAAAUAGCUAGCAAUGCUAAUGUUAGCUAGCUAAAAUCAGGGGGCCUCCCCUCAAUCUUAGCUAACUAGCUAACGUUAUACUGCAUCUAAAGUCAAUCUGGCGACAUCAAAAUGAUGAUAAAAGGUUUUCCUAUAAAUGAUUUGCAUCCCUUUGAAUGGUAUUGUAUUUACAAGCCAUUGUAAGGCACUUUUGAUUAAAUAUUUUGAUUAAAAUCAAUAUUGUGACGAAACAUGCAACCCAUGAAUAGCCUGACCUCUACCAGUGCCCUGUUAUAUAUUGUGCCCUGUCAUAUCCUGUGCCCUGUCAUAUCUCAUGCCCAGUCAUAUCCUGUGCCACCCUCUUCAGAUUGAGCUGGCCAUCUUGCGGUUUCCCUAUGACUCGUGGGGCACACCCUUCCAGCAGCUGAAGCAGGUGGUGGAGGAACCAUCACCCCAGCUCCCUGUUGACCAGUUCUCCCCUGAAUUUGUUGACUUCACCUCCCUGUGGUACGUUCUCCUCUCCUGUAAAGCUAGCCUGUUCCCAGAUCUGUUUGGGCUGUCUUUCCAAGUCGUUGUUAUGUUUGUCAUGACAGUGACAAUUGGAGUUGGCAAGACAUCAGAAACAGAUCUGGGACCAGGCUUACCUGUAUAUAAUUUAGGCCCUCCAAAUGUGUGGUCAAUGUCAGUUAUGUGGAGUAUUUUCUUUCUGUACUUUGCCGCAUCUAAUUCCACUCAAUAUCUUGGCUAUUGUAUGAGUCCGACUAGAGCGCUUGCUGGAUUGAGACUCACAAGUGAAUUUCUCUUGACAAUUUUUCCUGUUGUUGUUGUAAUAGCCACAAGCACUUUAUGACCAGGACAGAAUGUGAUGCCUGGGUUCCAGAGUCUAGGCUACCCUCUGUGGAAUGUGUCUAAAUAUGCAUUCUCACCAGCCUGUUAUGUCUACCGCGCAUUGUUAGGUCUUCACACCAAAUAUUUUGUAUCUUCUCAUGCCGUUUUUCCCUUCCUGCAACCCUAAAAGGUUUUACAUUUGUUUUACAUGUAGGCCUACAGUAUAAAAGCUAAAUUACAUUUUUCCCAGCAUAAAACCUUGCUAAUGGGGGAUCUUAGUCUGUUGUGUUGUACUAUGUAGGCCCUAGUUUUUCGGUCUUAUGGCUGUCCGAAAUGGGAACCUAUUACCUACAGCAGGGAUGGGCAACUUUGAUCGGGGUGGGGUCCACAAAAAAUCUGAACUCAUCAUGAGGGGCCGCAGUGGUCCACAUCCAAAUCCCCACAUGCAAUCAGAGCCGGCCCUAGCCCUAUACAUUUUGUUGGGCCCCCCCCCCCCCCUCCUUGCGAGCGAAACAUUUUAGUGGCCUCCCUCUAGACAGUGGAGAGAAAACAUUUUACUUUUUAAAGUUAAUGUCCUGCAUUUUGACAUGGGGUGUAGAGAAAAUCGUCGUUUUAAAGCAAGUUUGCUGCAAUUCUACUCAUUUUACCAUGGGCAAUGAUAAUUUGUUUCAGUUUUACAGCUAAUUUCCUGAAAUUCUACUCAUUUUGCCAUAGGCGGAGAAACAUGUUUGCAGUUUUGAAUAUGAUAUCUGAAUGAGAAUGAUUAACAAAAUCAAUGGGGGCCCCCCGAUCAGUAAUUUGACCAUGAUUACUAGAAGUUUAGUUAGCUGGCUAGACUAAUUUACCAAUCUAAAAAAUGUUAGCUGACAUGGGCUAAUUGAGUGACUGUCAGUUACUGAUAUAACAACAGAAAAACAGCUGAUGCACAACCAAAUUUCGAAAUUGCACCGCCGACCUACAAAGGGGGUACUUAAAAUAUGGACACACAACGUGCAGUAUGUGACCAAUGAGACAUUGGCUCUGGCCAAAUGUAAUGCACUACAUACUGUAGGUCAGGGUUGCCCAUCCCUGACUUACAGUAUGUAGUGCAUUACUUGUGGCCAGAGCCAAUGUCUCAUUGGUCACAUACUGCACGUUGUGUGUUCAUAUUUUAAGUACCAUAUUAAGUCCCAGUAUUGCUCAUGCAUGCAGGUAUUCAUCAUUAAUCUCUUACCAGGAUGUUUUCCCCAUGUUUAGCUGGGCUCUGUAAAGGUCAGAGGUUAAAGCAGGACUUUCCAGCAGUGGAUCACAGCAUUGUUUUAUACCUUAGUGACUCAACUGUUUACCAGACCAUUGAUAAUUGGAAGACCUGAGUAAACCUCUCCUCUGGCUUGAAUAGAGACUAUCCUUCUGUGGAAGAGGGUUAAUAAACAUGUAAUGGGGGGCGGUGGGGAUAUGCUUACCUCACCCCACAAUAUGGGCACACACACACACUGAGAGAUCUGUCUAUUGAAGGGCAGUAGGGAUAGGAUGCAGACACACUGAUGACGUCCUCUGGUUUAGCUACUCUACUCCCACAUGGAGCAUAGAUCACAGGAUGAACACUUGAAUACUCUAUCUCUCUCACUCUCUUUUCUUCUCAACUCAUCUUUUUACCCCGUUGACAGUUCCAUGUCCGCUUGCAUCUGAUGCAAUCAUUGUCUGCCUGGAGUAGAGUGGAGCGGGUGACACAUUACCAGAUACGAGUAAUCUAACAGUAUCUCUGUAUGAAUCAUAGACAUUGCAGUUGUAAUCCUUUGUCUCAUUGCCCUUUUCAUUCCCAGCUUAAAGAAAAAUUCAAAAGAGCGGCCAAACUACCCAGAACUCAUGGUGAGUGUGUUUUGAACUUUGGAGAUGUCUUAUUAUUUAGUUACACACUUUAUUUUCAACUCUAAGAAAUGCUCAAUAACAAAUUGAUGUGACCAUGUCCACUUCCAUUACUAUCAGUUCACCACUAGAUGGCAGACUUAGUCCAGUAAUACUUUAUGUUUUGUAAUCAUCUCCCCACUAAAUGUAUAUCCCAUCAGUGCUAUUGAGUAUAUAUCAAACUUUUGUUGAGUAUGUUAUUGUAAUACUUUAUUUGAUUUUGCAUAAAUCACUUAAAUUGUCUCUUCUUCUCUCGUUUAUAUUCUUCUCUUUAUCCCAGCAACAUCCCUUUUCAUCUCCCAUGAAUCGAAAGAGACUGACGUGGCUAGCUUUGUCAAGGUCGUCCUCGGGGACUGAUGAGCCCCACGCCCUGAUCUAAGACAACGCUCUGACCAAUUGCCACAGGGGGAGGUGGACCUACAAAGAAAAGCACCAAUCGCAAACCAUGUUACCUGCGGGACCCCACUGCCUCCCCAGUCCCCGACCCCUCCCUCUGGGCCAGUAGAGGAACUCAGAGGAGAUGAAUAAGGAGAAUGAUACCAUGUUGGAGGAAUGAGGAGUUAGCCUUAAGGCUUCAAGGCCCUCAUAUUAGAUAUGGGCAGGGGGGGCAACGUGGAAAUUACUGUCAUUUUGAGGAUUGGAGGGCCGGCCCGUGUGAAAUCUGGAUUAAUUUAAAUAUAUGAUGAUAUUUGUAUGAAAUGCGACUCCCCCCGACCUCUAAUUUUGUCCCACUCUUGUUACUGUACUAGACCCACUGCUUAAACAGUGAUUUGGCAGUUCGAUGUUAGUGAAUUUAGCAACGUGUGGAUUAUGCCCUGUCCUAUUGGUCAAUCCCUAUUUUUAAACCUGGUGUGAAAACAUAAAACUGAGUUUUAAAAACAACUAAAAGUGAUAUGAAUAUAUCUACUGUAUGUAUAAUCUAAAUGUUUGUAUUAUACUCAAAGCAAGUUGCAUUGGUUUACUAAUUGACUGCACAUGUACAUAAAAUAUUUAGUAUAGAAUGAGUGGGUUUCAGUCCCCUUAGAUAGGCAGAUAGUUACAGAGAGAUUUCAGAUUCUCUGACUGUCCAAUGGUUGAGCUGUAGACAGGCUGGAGGCCUCAGUCAGCACUGCAGUGGGUUCGUCAAAUAAGUUACACGUUGUGUGUGUGUGUGUGUGUGUGUG